GCCGGGCAGGUCUCCCACCGCCGGAUGUCUCCCCCACCAGCGACCCUCCAGUAGAAACACUACCGCUGCACACACACACACACACACGCACACACACACCAACACACACACACUGGGAGAUAUUACUGUGUGUUAUUUCCCUCCCCGGGCAGGAAGCCUCCCCUCAGCAUGGCUUCCAACUUCAACGACAUAGUGAAGCAGGGAUACGUGAGGAUACGGAGCAAGAAACUGGGGAUCUUCCGGAGGUGUUGGCUGGUUUUCAAGAAAGCUUCCAGUAAAGGACCGCGGCGGAUAGAGAAAUACCCGGACGAGAAGGCGGCGUACUUCAGGACCUUUCACAAGAUCACUGAGCUCCAUAACGUCAAGAACAUUACCCGGAUGCCGCGGGAGACAAAAAAACACGCGGUGGCGAUUAUUUUCUGUGACGACACAUCCAAGACGUUCGCCUGUGAAUCGGAGCUGGAUGCAGAGGAGUGGUGUAAGCUUCUGUGCGUGGAGUGCCUCGGCAGCCGUCUGAACGACAUCAGCCUGGGGGAGCCGGACCUGUUAGCAGCGGGGGUGCAGCGGGAGCAGAACGAGCGGUUCAACGUGUACCUCAUGCCCACGCCGAACCUGGACAUCUACGGGGAGUGCACCAUGCAGAUCACUCAUGAGAACAUCUACCUGUGGGACAUCCACAACAACCGCCUCAAACUCGUCAUGUGGCCGCUCAGCUCGCUGCGGAGAUACGGGCGAGACUCCACCUGGUUCACCUUUGAGUCUGGAAGGAUGUGUGACACAGGAGAGGGUUUGUUCACGUUCCAGACGCGGGAGGGGGAGAUGAUCUACCAGCGGGUCCACUCCUCCACGCUGGCCAUCGCCCAGCAGCACGAGAGGAUGAUGGAGGAGAUGGAGAAGAGCUCCCAGAUCCUCCCCAGAGAGACGCUCACUAAGUCCAUCUCUCUGCCGCGCAGCGCCUACUGGCAGCACAUCACGCGUCAGAACAGCGUGGGAGACCUCUACAGUUUCCAAGGAAGUGGCCUGGAAAUGACUUUUAUCCCCCGAGCACAGACGUUCCCCAGCUUCCUGUCUGAGGAGCAGGAGCAGAGCCAGGAUCAGGCGCCGUCGCCCUCUAGUGGCCGAGGGUCCAGUUGCAGCCUGAGACCCCUUCAAUGACAGAGGACUGCUCCCCCAAAAAA